AUGAAGCCCGGGUAUUGCUUGCUGCUCGCUGCCAGCGCGGCACUCUCCUGCGCCAGCCAGCACCCCAUCGUUGAUCUGGGGUACGCGAUCUAUCAGGGCUCUUACAGUACCGCUUACGACUUGAAUGUGUGGAAGAGUAUCCGGUACGCAGCUCCCCCAGUGGGUAAACGGCGUUGGCAGGCGCCUGCACCUCCAUUGCAGAACAACAGCCAGAUCACAUUAGCCGUCGACCAGCCCCCCGUCUGUCCUCAAUCCGGGGCGGCAAAGACACCGUACAUCUACGGCUUUAACUCGGGGCCUGGGGAUGAAGACUGUCUGUACCUGAAUGUCUAUGCCCCCCCGAAUGCGACGGACCUGCCCGUCCUGCUAUGGAUCCACGGUGGUGGCUAUGGGCUCUUCGGUGCCACCUAUGACCCCAGCCCAAUGAUGAACACCAACAACAACGGGUUCAUCACCGUGGAAAUCCAGUACCGUCUGGGAGCAUUCGGUUUCCUCGCCUCCGAGGAGGUCAAGGAGCACGGUGUGACGAACGCUGGUCUUCUGGACCAACGCUUUGCCAUCCAAUGGGUACAGGAGCACAUUGCCAAAUUCGGUGGUGAUCCUAAGCGUGUGACCAUUGGCGGCGAGUCCUCAGGCGCCGGAGCAGUCAUGCUGCAUGCGCUGGCAUAUGGGGGUCAGGAGUUCAACCUCUUCAAUAACAUCAUCGCUGCGAGCGCCUACUCACCCCCAAUCUUCAACUACCACGACCAGGUACCAGAGCAGUACUACAAAGACUUUGCUGAAGUGGCCGGCUGCGGAUCGAACUCCACUGCCAUCAAGAACUACGCAACCACCUUUGACUGCCUGGUAGCAGCUCCCAGCACUCUCCUGCAGAAUGCCAGCGCCACCGUCUCCACGUCCGGACUAUUCGGCACAUGGGCUUUCCUGCCGGUCAUCGACGGCGAGCUGAUCCAAGAACGGCCCUCUGUGCAGCUCGCACAAGGCAAAGUGAGCGGCAAACGCAUUCUCAUCGGCAACAACGCCAACGACGGCGUCCCCCUAAGCAACCCCAACGUAGUCACCCGCCCGGCAUUCAACUCAUACAUCUCGUCCACCUUCCCCCUCUUCACCUCAUCCGACAUCGCGCUCCUCAACGAAGUCUACCAAACCGCCAACAGCCGACCCGCCGAUAACAGCCCCCGCUACGACACCAUCGGCACUAGCGGUCCCACGGCCAUCAACCAAUCCGAGAUGGCAACAGGCCUCCAACAAACGGUAUUCAACAUCUACGCCGAAACGACCUUCGCGUGUCCCGCGCAAUGGCUCGCCGACGCCUUCAGCCAAGAAGACGACACCCUUUCCUGCUCCGAUUCCCAAACUCCUCGUCAAGCCUGGAAAUACCAAUACUCGGUAACACCCGCGUACCACGGCGCCGACCUCUCCGCGUACUUCAGCGCGGACGCCACCUGGCCCGAUAAGGGAUUCAGAACGGCUUUCCAGAAGAUGUGGGGCCAGUUCAUUAUGGCUGAUAAUCCUGUGAUUUCGAUGGAAGAUGCCACGGCUGGGAAAUUGAAUGCGUCGGUUCCUGUUGCGAGGUUUGGUCGUAAGAAUAGUCAUGGUAAGAACGGGACGGGGAUGCUUGAUUGGCCGAGUUAUUCGCCCGAAUUCCCGGUUAUGAUGGAUUUGAACACCACGGGGGGGUACUUGGUUCAUGAUGUGGUGACGUCGAACUUGUCAUAUUGGAUUCGGGAGGGAGAUGGGGUUGUGAACCAUUUUCGGUUGGUGAAUUCGUCCGCUUGGGAAGGGGGAAGAGGGGCGAGACUAGAGAUAGAGUGGAAUGAGUAA